CAAAAGUCCCAACACUUUGACCCUCGACCCUCGACCCACGACCCUCGACCACUGAAACAAACGGUCCAGAUGAAGACAGACCCCAUUUCAUUUACCCAUUACUCUCCCCCCACUAUCUUCUUUUUCUUCUUCAUCUUCACUGUUAACGGAACUGAAAAGCGAAAGCAUUGCCUGCCGCUUAAUAAAACUAAUCCUUAUUUCCACUCCCUUUUCCUAUAUUGCAACACUCCUCUCUCUUUGAGCUUUCGCCCAUAGCCAUGGCCGCUCUCAGCACUCCGUCGUUGCAGGCCUCGCUCCAGCCGUUUCAAUCGCGUCUUCUGCCGAGCUACCCCAGGGCGUUUCGCGUUUCGUUCUCAGAGAGAAACGGCAGCAUACCCUCUCGCGCUCUCAGCUGCCUGCGGUUCUCUCGCUCGCCGUCCCUGCCGUUCGUGAAGUUCGCACCUUUUGCUUCCCGCGGAGAAACUGAAGCUACUGAGACCGAAGAAAUUCUGGAACAACCUUAUGCCGAGGAAACUCCGGAUGUUGUUGGUGGUGCGGAAGGUGGCAUUAGUGAUGAAUCAGAAAGUGAUUCAAGGGAGGAUAUUGAAGAUAAUGCUGAGGAGAAACCUGUUUCAACGGUUGUAGCGUCACUGCAGUUGUACAGAGAAGCUUUAGCCAGUAGUGAUGAAUCUAAAUUAGCUGAAAUAGAAUCUUUUUUAAAAUCAUUUGAAGAUGAAAAAAUAUGCCUUGAAAGGAAACUGGCAUCUUUGUCUGAAGAAUUGUUGAUAGAAAAAGAUCGGAUUUUAAGGAUAAGUGCAGAUUUUGACAACUUUAGGAAGAGGACAGAAAGGGAACGCUCUUCGCUGGUAACAAAUGGUAAAGGGGAAGUUGUUGAGAAUUUGUUGCCUGUACUGGAUAAUUUUGAGAGAGCUAAAGCACAGAUUAAGGUGGAGACAGGAGGGGAGGAGAAGAUCAACAUUAGCUAUCAGAGCAUAUACAAACAGUUAGUUGAGAUUUUAACUUCUCUUGGUGUAGUGCCUGUGGAGACAGUUGGGAACCCCUUUGAUCCCUUGCUGCAUGAAGCAAUUAUGCGGGAGGACUCGAUGGAAUUUGAAGAACGGAUCAUUAUUCAAGAAUUUCGCAAGGGGUUUAAGCUCGGUGAUAUACUGUUGCGUCCUUCAAUGGUUAAAGUAUCGGCUGGUCCAGGGCCUGCAAAGCCGGAGCAAGCACUGCAAGAAGAGGACCAAGAUGUGAGUGACACCACCAAGCAGUGCAUCCCAGAAGCAGAAGCAGAAGCAGAAUCAGCUUGAAGGUAGAAAAUAUUUAAUGCAGAUCCAGUUUUGUAAGAGUUGUCGUUUAUUUGUUGAACUGCUAGUAGAGUUCACAAUUUUUGUGGGGUGUAAUUGUAGCUGGUGGACAUGUUCAUGGAGAAGUUUAUACAAUUUUGAGCCUCUAGGAUUCUUCUUUGAAGAAAGGGAACUUUUCAUUAAUUUGCAAUUGUCUACAAAUAUGUCCUCACGCUUGUACAAUAAUUCUAUUGGAUUGCUAUUUUGUUUAA